AUGCCCAGUCAUCCCAACAACUCACCGCCACCGCCUCCGCCGAUGUCCACCGCCACCACCAUUCUCCUCUUCCUCCUCCUCACCUUAAAUAUCCCAAAUUGUCAAUCAAUCUCACCGGAAUCUCUCAAAUUCCCAUGUCAACAUCCACACCACAACUCCUACCCAUUCUGUAACACCACCCUCCCAUUACCCAUCAGAGCCCAAUCCCUCCUCUCUCUUCUCACUCUCUCUGACAAGAUCAAACGCCUCUCCAAUAACGAUACCGGAAUCCCUCGCCUCGGCAUUCCUCCUUACGAGUGGUGGUCGGAAUCUCUCCACGGCAUCGCCGUCAAUGGCCCUGGUGUCUCCUUUGACGCCGGACUCAUCCCGGCGGCAACAAGCUUCCCACAAGUCAUUCUCACCACCGCCUCUUUUAAUCGGACCUUAUGGUUUUCUAUUGCUUCGGCUAUCGCCGUUGAGGCAAGGGCAAUGUACAACGGAGGUCAGGCUGGGUUGACUUUCUGGGCUCCCACCAUUAACGUUUUCAGAGAUCCGAGGUGGGGGAGAGGGCAGGAGACACCCGGUGAGGAUCCAAUGGUGGCAGCCGCUUAUGCGAUUGAGUACGUGAGGGGGUUUCAAGGGGAGAAAUCGAAGAACGAUAGAACUGGAACUGAAAAUAAGAAGAGGAAUAGGCGGAGGAGGGUGUUGACCGGUGGUGGUGGUGGCGGUGAUGAUGAAUUGAUGGUGUCUGCUUGCUGUAAGCAUUUCACUGCUUAUGAUUUGGAGAAUUGGGGGGUUUACACCAGAUAUAACUUCAAUGCUAUUGUAACUGAGCAGGACCUGCAGGACACAUAUCAUCCACCAUUUAAGAGUUGUAUCCAAGAGGGUAAAGCCAGCUGCUUAAUGUGUUCAUAUAACGCAGUUAAUGGAAUACCCGCUUGUGCUGAUCAAGAUCUCUUACAAAAAGCUCGAACUGAAUGGGGUUUCAAAGGGUAUGUCACUUCUGAUUGUGAUGCUGUGGCCACCAUAUACGAGUAUCAAAAUUACACUAAAAGCCCCGAGGAUGCUGUGGCCAUUGCUCUUAAAGCUGGGACAGAUAUCAAUUGUGGAACAUACAUGUUGAGACACACCAAGUCUGCAAUCGACAAGGGGAAGGUGAAAGAAGAAGACAUAGACAAAGCUCUUGUCAAUUUAUUUAUGGUUCAACUUCGUCUUGGGCUAUAUGAUGGCGACCCAAUAACAGGGAAGUUUGGGAAAUUGGGUCCUCGAGAUGUAUGCACUUCAGAUCACAAGAAUUUGGCCUUAGAAGCUGCGAGACAAGGCAUGGUGCUUUUGAAGAACGAUAACAAGUUCCUACCUUUGCAAAAGAAUGUUGUUUCGUCGUUAGCUGUUAUUGGUCCAAUGGCAAAUGCUACUAGCACAUUGGGUGGAGGAUAUAUAGGAAUUCCAUGCAGUCCAACAAGCAUAGUCGAAGGCCUCAAAAGAUACGUCAAGAGAACAACUCAUGCAUCUGGUUGUCUCGAUGUUUCUUGUACUUCCAAUGGAGGAUUUCUGGAAGCGGUGUCGAUCUCCAAAAAAGCAGACUUUGUAAUCAUAGUUGCCGGUCUGGAUUUGACUCAAGAAACCGAAGAUCAUGACAGGUUUAGUCUUCUUUUACCAGGUUAUCAGAUGGCCCUCAUUACCACCAUUGCUGCAACAAGUGAAAAACCAGUAGUUUUAGUUCUGACAGGUGGUGGCCCCCUUGACGUAUCCUUCGCUCAAGGGGACCCACGAAUUGCGAGCAUUAUCUGGGUUGGUUACCCUGGAGAAACCGGCGGCAGAGCGCUUGCGGAAAUCAUAUUUGGAGAUCACAAUCCAGGUGGAAAAUUGCCCAUGACGUGGUAUCCCGAAUCCUUCACACGCGUACCAAUGAACAAUAUGAACAUGAGAUCCGAUCUUUCUCGUGGUUAUCCAGGUCGAACAUACCGUUUCUAUAUCAGUGACAUAGUUUACGGAUUUGGGCACGGCCUGAGUUACACAAACUACACUUACAACAUCCUCUCUGCACCCAAUAAACUUCACGUUUUCGAAUCCAUGAAAACCAAAUCCAGAAACAUAUUACAGCAAAAAGAAGGUUCUUCCAACUAUCUUUAUGUUGAUGAAAUCGAAGAACACUGUGAUUCUUUGAGAUUUCAGAUGGAAAUCGGUGUCAAAAACCAUGGCCCCUUUGAUGGCAGCUCGGUUGUGAUGGUGUUUGCCAGAGUUCCGGGAUCGUUUAAAGGUGCACCGAUGAAACAACUGGUCGAGUUUGAAAGUGUGCAUACAGGUUCUUAUUCGGAUGCUAAAACUGGGAUCAUUGUAGAUCCGUGUAAGCAUCUUAGCAUCGUUAACGAAUUUGGGAAGACGAUAUUGCCUCUCGGUGAUCAUAUUUUGAUGAUAGAUGAUUUAGAGCAUAUCCUUUCGAUUGUUAUGUGAUAAAAAUGGUGAUAUUGUUACUCUGCAAAGUGUAUACCCCAGCACAUUGCUGUUGAUUGUAACAAUAUGUAUUGGUAAUUGUCAUCAAAAGUCUUUAUAAAGAGAUUGAAAGUUACCUACAUAUAUACAUGUUUAAUUAUUUUUGUCUAGUUGAUAUUGGACUGUAACACGUCAUCUUGAACAGAGGCGAAAGAGUGUGUCGAGUCCUUAUAUUAUAUGGUAUACCUCAGCUUUCAUACCAUGUGAGAUAUGUGAAACCUCGGCUGAUCAGAUCUCCAAAAGAGCUGAGGUUUUGUUUGGUUUGGUUUGUAGGAUUAGAUUGGAUUUUAAGGGAUCUAUGUUUGAUUUAAAGGAUUUGAAAUCCUGGGAUUAUGUAAAAUGUAACGUACUGUUUAAAAACUUUUAUUU